AUGAAGGUCUUCGGUAUCGUUGGUGUUCUUCUUGCCACUCAGAGCGUUUCUGCCCACUACAUUUUCAAAACGCUCGUCGCUGGCUCGAAGACAUCAACCAAGGCCGUUCGGCAGCCACAGAACAACUCUCCUGUGGUGGACUUGACGUCUCCACAGUUCGCAUGCAACACCAGCCCAUCACCCGCCGACGAGACCGUCUCGGUCCUCGCAGGAGACACCAUCGGCUUCCAGACGGACGCGGCCAUUUUCCACAAGGGUCCCGCCGCGCUGUACCUGGGGCAGGCCCCAGGCGCUGUCGAGAAUUGGGACGGGACGGGUCAGCAAUGGUUCAAGAUUGCCGAGUGGGGCGCAACACUAAAUCCCCUCACUUUCACGUCCCUCGGAAUGUCAGAGUUCACAGCGAAGAUCCCUGCCAACGUUCCUUCUGGAGACGUGAUAUCUCGUUCGCGCCGAGCACAUCGCCCUGCACUCACUGGCGCCCCUGAGGCGUACAUGUCGUGUGCGCAAAUCCGAAUUACCCAAGGAGGGUCUGGUAACCCUUCCAAGGUCGCGAUUCCAGGGGACAUCGCAGCCACCGACGCAAGCGUCAUGGUCAACAUCUAUGACACCGUUGCUUCGUACACACCUCCCGGUCCCGCUGUGUACUCGGGAUAA